AUGUCACCGCUCCCUUUUCAACGGGGGAAGCAUAUCAAAUAUAUCCAAGAUCUCGACUCAAAGGCCACUAAGCAAACGUAUGAGUAUUGGCUUCUGGAACAUCUUCGCCUCAAUGGCUUGUACUGGGGUAUCAUGGCUUUGGAUACGAUGAACGCGUUAGAUGCCUUGCCCCAAGAUGAAGUGCUCCAAUUUGUUGUAGGCUGUUACGACAAAGAGAAAGGAGGGUUUGCUCCAUUUCCAGGCCAUGACGCUCAUAUGCUUACGACUCUAUCUGGUUUGCAGAUCUUAUUUAUAUAUCGUCGCCUUGACUUGAUUGAGGGAGAGAAGAGAGAUAAGAUCAUCGACUUCGUCAUGCAACAACGCUGCGCUGAUGGCUCUUUUAAAGGUGAUGCUUUUGGUGAAAUAGAUACAAGAUUUGUAUUCGCUGCCGUUUACAUUCUUAAGAUGUUGGGCAGACUAACACACGAAGUUGCAGAGGGAGCUACAGAAUUUAUCAUGCGUUGCCGAAACUUCGAUGGAGGUUUUGGACUACUACCAGGAUCUGAAUCACACGCUGCACAAGUAUACACGAGUCUUGGAACAUUAGCUAUUUGCAAGAAUUUGGAUAGAAUUGACAGCAAGACACCCAGCUGGCUCAGUGAAAGACAGGUUUUGCCAUCGGGUGGUUUUAAUGGAAGACCGGAGAAGCUUCCUGAUGCCUGCUACAGCUGGUGGGUUCUACUGUCACUCGAAAUGUUGCAAAAAUCACAUUGGAUUAAUUUUGAGCUUCUUGAGAAAUUCAUAUUAGAAUGUCAAGAUCUCGACGAUGGUGGAUUUGGCGAUAGACCCGAUAAUCAAACUGACGUUUAUCACACCUGUUUUGCCAUUUGUGGCUUGAGUUUGAUGUACAGUGAUAAGUAUGGAUUGAAACCGGUGGAUCCAGUGUAUUGUAUGCCCACAGAAAUUACAAAAUUAUUACCGGAUAAUUAA